AUGUUGAGCAACCCUGAAAAGAAGAAACACUUCUUUGCACAUUUAGUACAUAAGAGGAAGCCAGAUUUAGCUAGUUGUACAGUGGUAAUUGCAUCCAGAAAAGAAGAUAGAUUGAGAGAGGCAGUUCAAGAACUUUGUCCAAAUGGAAGUCAACUUCGUGCCAAAGUUUGCAACAUCAGGAAAGAAGAUCAAGUUAAGAAUUUGGUUACGUCAACACUGCGUGAACUUGGCAGAAUAGACCAUCUUGUAAAUAAUGGUGGCGGUCAGUUUCCGUCUCCAGUAGCACACAUGAACCUCAAGGGCUGGAAUGCUGUGGUGGAGACCAACCUUACUGGUACUUUUCUAAUGUGCAAAGAAGUAUAUGACCAGUGGAUGAAGGACAAUGGUGGUGUUAUUGUUAACAUCAUUGCUGACAUGUUCCGUGGCCUCCCGAUGAUGGCUCAUACAGGAGCAGCACGUGCAGGGGUUGACAACUUAACUAAGUCUCUUGCAGUAGAAUGGGCUGCUGAUGGAGUACGAAUCAACUGUGUGGCUCCAGGAAGCUCCAUAUACUCUCCAACAGCAGCAGCGAACUAUGGCGACGAUAGCAUCUUUGAAAGAGGUCGUGCUGGCAUUCCAGCAAAAAGGCUUGGAACACCACAGGAAGUGGCAAGUGCAGUUUGCUUCCUGUUAUCCCCCGGAGCUUCGUACAUUUCUGGUGAAACACUAAAAGUUGAUGGAGGUGGCAGUCUUUAUUCUUAUCUCAUGUUUGAGAUCCCAGAACACAAGAAAUUGCCAGCAUAUACGUGGACCUACAAACCCCCAGAAGACGACGACGAAGAGCCACCUAAAUCUAAGUUAUAAGACUUGACGACUUCUCACAUUUAGUAUAUACAGAGUAACUAGUGAUUUAAAUGUAAAUAUUGUUGUAUUAAUCAUGGGAAGAAUUUGAGAUCAUGUAGCAUCUGGGGAAUGGAAGGUGUUUACGAGUCAUUUAAAGGGCGGAUAAAUCGAAUUCCUUCAUUUUGACUGGAGGAAUUGGAUUUAUCUGCCCUUGGAAAACAAACUUGCAUGGAAAUGCUUCUCAUUGUUUGUUUUAAAUUAUAUUCAUGAUGAAAUGCUGAAAUGAUAGUAUGUGAACAUGUAUAUUCUGCAUGUACAAUGUUUACACUCUGAAAGAGAGGUGUUGAUGUUGCAGUUUUAUAAAUACAGUGGACCCCCAGUUUACGAUAUUUUUUCAUUCCAGAAGUAUGUUCAGGUGCCAGUACUGAACAAAUUUGUUCCCAUAAGGAAUAUUGUGAAGUAGAUUAGUCCAUUUCAGACCCCCAAACAUACACGUACAAACGCACUUACAUAAUUGGUCGCAUUGGGAGGUGAUGGUUAAGCGGGGGUCCACUGCAUAUUGUAAGAGCGCCUCUGGCAAGACAGUGAUGGAGUGAAUGAUUUUAGGAUCUGCAUGAGGCUGUCAUCUGCUGAGGACGCGGUUAACCUCCAAGAAGAUAUAAACAAAGUUUUCCAGUGGGCAAAGGUAAACAAUAUGAUGUUCAAUGAGGACAAAAAAUUAAGUUUUUCUUUUUUGGGCCUCCCUGCCUUGGUGGGAGACGGACGAUGUGUUAAUAAUAAUAAUAAAUAAUGUGCAAUCCAUUGUAUUUACUAAACUUGCAAUUAUUUUUCUAUUAGUUACGUGUUCAGACAUUAACAAAUGUGAUGAGAACAUUUUCAAAGGUUUUCGUAAGGGUUUUUUAUGUAUAAGAAUGUACAGUGGACCCCCGGUUAACGAUAUUUUUUCACUCCAUAAGUAUGUUCAGGUGCCAGUACUGACCGAAUUUAUUCCCAUAAGAAAUAUUGUGAAGUAGAUUAGUCCAUUUCAGAUCCCCAAACAUACACGUACAAACGCACUUACAUAAAUACACUUACAUAAUUGGUCCCAUUUGGAGGUAAUCGUUAUGCGGGGGUCCACUGUAUUAACAAAAUGUGUUAAGGUCAUAUUAGCACACUUAUCUUUCUUGAAAACAUAUCAGUUUAAAUAGCAAUUUGUGAAUAAAUCAUUAACGUAAAAACAAAUACAUUUAUACAAAUUUGGAAAUAUUGAUUUUGUUUGUCAGAGUGGUAAAUGUUUUACUAAAAAUGAUCUCUUAUUCAACCUUUAUUUCAACGUUAUUACCUUGGUGGUUUAACGUUUUGUAUUGAUUAUAAUAAUCAGUAUUCUCAGUUAUAUUGGGAAUAAUAAUGUGGGUAAUGUUUGUUCUUCCAUUAAACCUUUCAGGGUCCAUGCCGUAGAUCUACGGCUUUAUGUUCAGGGUCCAAACUGUAGACCUACGCCAUGAGCUCAGCUCACUCUGAUAAGCUGUGAGUGGUAAAUUUGGGCCUAGAUAUGAGAGAAUACAUCUAUGGUAUGUAUUCACCACAUAAAACAAAUCCUGCAGCACACAGUGCAUAAUGAGAGAAAAAAAACUGAGACCGUGAUUUUUUAUUAAAACCGACUUUGCAGUGUUUUUUCAUAUGUUUUUUAUAGUUGUAUUUGCCAUUUCUUGGUCUCAAUUGAUAGAAUGGAAGAUAUAUUACAGAAAUAGAGAUGAUUUUGAUUGGUUUUAGUACUGGAAAUAGCUUGAAACUGAGCUCAAAGUAGCGGAAAUGUUAAAUUUUUGUCGAUGUUCAAGAGUAAACAAACGACCUCACACGUCUAAUACACGCCAGCUGGUGGGUCUAAUAUACAUUCACAAAUGUGGUGAUGAUAUUUAUACAAUUAUUACAAUAUUGCAUGACAGUAAAUCUUCUAUUUUUUGGUUUGAAUAAAAAUUCAUUAUGUGAAUAAAAAAUUAAAAUGGAAUUCAUUUGUAAAGACUGAAAACAUAACUAAUGAACAGAAGAAAUGUUAGUUUAGUGCCAGGAAUGUCUGCAUUGUUUAUUCUGGAUCCUAUUUUGAAAUUGGAAUAUUUUGAACUUUGUGUUAAAUUGGCCAAAUUACCAAUUUUCGAUCACUUUAUUUUGUAGUUGAAACAGUUGACUUGGUGAUUUCUUGCACUCAAUCGAUAGAAUAGAAGUAAUACUAGUGAAAAAGCUGAGAACUUGAUUGACUGGAAUAAUGUAAUUGGCCUAAAAUGGGAGUCAAACUCGGCAAAAUCACCAAUUCGUAAAUAUCGCUGACACAUCAAAAUUCACGAGAGCAUAAUUUCAUCAAUUUUCCAUCAAAUUUCGUACUUUUUGUUUUAUUACCUUCAGAAAAAGAUUCUCUACCAUUUCACAAGAAAAAAUAAUUUUUUUUUUUUAAAUUCUUGGACACUGGUGCACACUUUGAAAUUUGGCCUCUGGACCCUGAAAGGGUUAAAGUUGAUAUUAAUAGUGUAUGUGGACUGGAAAAACACAGCUCACUACAGUGGUAUACAGUUUGCUCUCUCUGUCUCUCCCCUUCCCAUGCAUUCUGUAUCUCGGAUGUUGCAUUCUUGAUCUCUUUUCUGCUGCCACCCAUCUUGUUAGGUGAUUUUAAUGCUCAUCAUCUUCGGGAGGGUCCCACUGUGACUCUCAUGGCAAUCAGUUGGAGGCUUCUCACUUCUCAUCCUCUUCAUGUUUUAAGUCUGGCUGCUCCCACCUAUUUUGGCUCUCAUUCAAUCUCACUUUUUGCAUCGAUCUUUCUAUCUGCUCCUCAUCAAUCACACUUAAUUACACUUGGUCUGUUCUCCUGGAGUUGCACAACAGUGAUCACUUUCUUAUUAUUCUUCUACGUAUUCCCGACUGCCUCGUAGCUCCCGUUGACAAUUUGGAGGAACAAAUUGGGACUUAUACUCUCAUCUCACUGCUUUUUGUGGGGACUUUUCUCUGUCCUCUAUUGAUGAGCUGGUGCACCAGUUUUCAACCUUAGUUUUGACUGUAGCAUCAUGUUCUAUUCCUCAAAACUCAGGCAGGCAUUUUCAGACAUGUGUGCUUUGGUGGUCUCCGGCAUGUGCCCGUGCAGUGUGUUUGAAACGUGCUGUGAGGGGUCGUUAUCGAUAUAAUUAGACCUCAGAUCAUCUUAUGGAUUUUAAAUGGGCAGUCACUCACCGUGCCAUACGUGAUGCUAAAUGCACUUAUUGGCAAGACUACGUUUGUACUGUUACCUCGACUUCCCCUAUGUAUGCAGUAUGGAAGUUGUGUGGCAAGUACACUCCAGACCCAGCUCCUGUUUUGCGGGAUGCUGAUGUUAGUGUUGUGGAACCUCUCGAAUUUGCCAUGUAAAUCGGGAACUAUCUUAUCUGUGUCUCCCAAGGGCUUCACCUCUAUCCCUUGUGUCUCGCUUCUAAGUCAGCCAUGGAGCAAUUGCCCUUGGAUUUCUCUUCUAAUGGGAUGGAGCCAUAUAAUGUAUCUUUUACUCUCUUAGAGCUAGAGUCCACGCUUUCCACUUGCUGGUCAUCGGUAGCUGGGCCCAAUGAUAUUCAUAUCCAUAUGCUACAACAUUUUGCAUCUUUUCAAUCUUAUUUUGAUGCAAGGAGUUCUCCCUCAACAAUGGAAAUCUGCCAUUGUACUACUGUUUCACAAACCAGGCACCUCGGGGCUUGAUACCUCUCACUAUCAUCCCAUUGCUCUGACCAGUAUAGUCUACAAGGCGAUGGAACAAUUGGUGAACAGACGUCUGAUAUGGUAUUUAGAGACUCGCAAUAGACCUAGCAGUCUUGUUUUUAUAUCGAGAAGGCAAAUGACACCACUUGGAGGUAUAACACCUUAACCCAGACCCACUCCUUGGGCCUCUGAGAUAAUCUACCAACCUUCCUUGCUGCUUUCUUAUCUGAAAGACAUUUUUGUGUUCACGUUGGUGCCUCACUUUCCUCAGACUUUGUUCAGGCCAAAGAGGUCCCACAAGAUUGUGUCCUUAGCAUUACCCUUUGGUAGUCACUUUAUGUGAAUGACUUCGCUAUAGCUUACACAGGCACUGUCUGUCGCUUUGUAGCAGCCUUCCUUCAGGAUGCGAUUGACAGUGUUUCCCAUUGGAUCACUUCUCAUGGAUUUAAAUUUUCUAGUAUGAAAGCCCAUUUCAUUACCUUCACUAGACAUCCUCUUGUCCCAGACAUUUCAUUGUAUUUACAUGGCUCAUGUAUCUCAGAAUGUGAUAUGGUCAGGUUUCUUGGACUUCACAAUGAGGCAGCCAUUAAUAACUUCACAACAGCAGUAACAAACAUUGACUGGCACACUGAGCUAGAAAUCUAUACAGAUAUUGACGAAUGUUUUAAUAAUUUUCUAAAAAAGACCCAAUACCUUUAUAACAAGCACUGCCCUAAAAAAACUAAACAGAUGACAGCUAAGAGACUGAACAGUCCCUGGCUAACACCCAGCAUUCUCAAAUCCAUAAAUACAAAACACCGAUAUGAAAAACAGUACAGAAUGGGUCACAUAACCAGAGACCAAACAAAACGUUACUCGUCAAUCCUAACCAGCCUGAUAAGAAGGGCAAAAAAUUGUAUUAUGAGAACAGAUUAUCCAACUUACGAGGUGAUAUAAAAAAGACCUGGAAGACCUAUCAGAAAUUCUGGGAACAAAAAAGAUAUCACGACAUAGCGAAAUAAAAUUAGCAAAAUCAGAUGAACCCCAACUCCCACCAACAGAAACAGCAAACAGACUCAAUGAUUUCUUCUCCACUAUAGGUCAAAACCUUGCCAAUAAUAUCCCAAGCUCAGAUACCCCACCAAAUGACUACCUCACCGGCAACUACCCGAACACACUGUUCCUAGCUCCGACUAACCCAUACGAAGUCUCCCUUAUUAUCAACGCACUGAAAAACAAGGCAGGAGAUUUAAAUACCUUACCACCCUUUAUAUACAAAAAAGCGUCACAAGUACUAUCACCAAUCAUUGCAACACUCUUUAACAAAUCCAUUGAAUCCUCCACCUUCCCUACAGUUCUCAAAAUAGCAAGGGUCACCCCGAUCCAUAAAGGAGGAGACCAAACAGAGUUGAAUAACUAUAGGCCAAUAUCCAAUUUACACCCUCUCAAAAA